GUGUUCCUUAUCAGUUCGUCAUCCAUGUGUCACCCUUGUUUGUUGAUGGUUCCUCGUGCGCCCCGUGUCAUCCUGGUCCGUCUUUUCAGUUUACUUUUUACAUUUUUGUUAUUUUGUAAGAUCAUUGAAUAAAGCCCUGUUUUUGUUAACUUCCUCGUCUGCCGUCUUGAAUUUGAGUCCUCACCUUUUCCCCACCGUGACACACUUCUAUUAAACAGGUAGCCCACAAUUACCAAAUACAGCAAGUCCUAUUAUAGGGAUAUCUACAAAUAUAUAAACUGUACAAAGAGCCUUUCCCACAGAUGAAAAAGAUGAGGCAGAAAGUUGAUGCGGUUCCCCAGCUCCAACAUAAAACACCCAGCGCUCCUGGAGAGACUUUAUCAGAGAUGACCAUUGCCCCGAUGGCUUUCAAUCUGAACCAGAGCAGUACAGUGUGUCUCCCCCUGGUCUCUGACAGUCAGAUGCUUAUAUGGGUGCACUCAAACGAGAUCAACCUACAGCCGGAUGGUGCAGCAGAGCUGGACAAGGCCUUCGACCGGUUUCCAUACAUAACGCAGAAACAGACAGCUGCACUGGCGCAGCGCUGCUCCCUGCACCCUGACCAGGUGAAGGUGUGGUUCAUGGUACAGAGGCUCCUCUAUGGCAUCAGCUGGGACUAUAAAGACAUCAGCAGGGUUCGCAGGAAGUUCAAGUCGAGUCAGGGAAAGGAAGAGCUGCAAACCAGGAAGGGGGAAGAGGUGAAAGAGGAUGGAGGAGAGAAUAAGGAAUGCAAAAUACCUGGUGGGAAGAACUGCAGGAGAGGUUAUGGAUGAACAAAGUGCAAGUGAGGGAAGGAUGGUGGGAGACAAUGUGAAGACUAAUGAACAAUUGGAGAGAAAAAAGAAUCAGGAGCAACUUGUGAAGAAAAACGAGGACAAAAAAGUAGAAGAAAAGAAAAUGAACACUAAGAAGAAGCAGAAAAGGAUGACGGUGACGGACGAGUUGGGAAAGAAGAGAAUUAAGCAAGAGGAAGAGAAUAUUGCGGAGAGAGCAGAACUGCUGAUCAGAGCUGACGCCAUUCCCCAUUCCACCUCAAAUAUUUGUAUGACCCCUGAGAGAAGCGACAUAAACACAGAAAUGCACGCGGAGUCAACAAACCACAAUGGUGUCGUCACGAAUAAACCGAACGAGAUCAUGGAGGUGCUCAAUAACCUUGUAGCAGACGGUUCACUAACCCAACAGCAGGAUUCUGAUGUGGUAGACAAAUGCACACUUCCCACUCAGAUCCGCUACAGAACAACGGACACUCAGCUGACGAUGAUGAAAAAGGCUUUCUCGGACUGCCAGUAUCCAGACACUAUGGAAUACUACCGACUGUCGCAGGUGAUUGACAUCCCCCGCAACGUGUUGGUUCAGUGGUACGGUGACAUGCGCUAUUACGUCAAGAAAAUAAAGCCACGCUGGAUGAAUGAGGAGCAGCAUGACAAGGCGCUGGACAACAUCAUGUACCGGCAGGGCCUGACACUACUGCUGAGGACACAGGAGUGAAAGCUGUGGCUCUAAGGGGAAUGAAGAUUAAUCAUCUGAUCACAUUUGGAAAGAUGCAGUUUAGUGACUCGUUCUUUUUGUGUUGAUGUUUUGAACUUUAAGACAUUUGUUUGAUAAAAGGUUGCCAAGUUCACAUUGUUUUACAUUCGUACAUACGUUCACGUUCUUGUGAGUUUGCCUCUUUUACAUAGAAAGUAUCGUUAUACUGUUAUUUCUUAUCAUGUUUGUUAUGUUGUUUGCUAUGUAACUUUUGAAAAGAUACUCAUUUGCAAUGUAGAUGCAAUGUCACAUCGAUGAGUCCCUUUGUGCUGUGCGGUAGUUUUUUGUCAUUCAAAUAAAACAAUUUAAUUCUUU